AUCUGCACUAAUACUUUUGACCGAAAGGGUAAAAGAAACCUAUCUACUUGGUAACCAAAAGGAUGGGGGGGAAAUUACAGCCAGCCAGAACCCAAGGUGCCCUUACACAGCUCAGCGAACCCUGGAUGCUCCAAGGCCACUGCAGAGUCUGGAAGUAAGCAGCUCUCCGCAGGCACGCAGGUCUCCUGACUCGCGGCUUAACCUUCCAGUCCCCACCGAGCUGGGCGCGCACGGGCGACAGUGAAGGUCAGGGUCCACAGACCAAUCCCCGCAGCCCACCGCUGCGAACGGCCUCCCGUCGCGGGGAGUUUUAACGUGCGGUUCCUGAAAGGGCAUUUCUGAUCCUUCUCUUUCAAGGACACCAUCGAGCCCGAAGGGAAAGCGCAGUUUCUUCGAGGACAUUCCUGGAGAUCUUAGAAGCAGUUCUACCAUGGAAUCCAUCUCUAUGAUGGGAAGCCCCAAGAGCCUGGAGACUUUUUUGCCUAACGGCAUAAAUGGUAUCAAAGAUGCAAGGAAAGUCACUGUGGGCGUGAUAGGAAGCGGGGAUUUUGCCAAGUCUCUGACCAUUCGGCUUAUUAGAUGUGGCUAUCAUGUGGUCAUAGGAAGCAGAAAUCCCAAGUUUGCAUCUGAAUUUUUUCCUCAUGUGGUAGAUGUCACCCACCACGAAGAUGCUUUAACAAAAACAAAUAUAAUAUUCGUGGCUAUCCACAGAGAACAUUACACCUCCCUGUGGGACCUGAGACAUCUGCUUGUGGGCAAAAUCCUGAUUGAUGUGAGCAACAACAUGAAGGUAAACCAGUACCCAGAAUCCAACGCCGAGUAUCUGGCUUCGCUGUUCCCGGAUUCCUUGAUUGUCAAAGGAUUUAAUGUUAUCUCAGCUUGGGCACUUCAGUUAGGCCCCAAGGAUGCCAGCCGCCAGGUUUAUAUAUGUAGCAACAAUAUCCAAGCUCGACAACAGGUUAUUGAGCUUGCCCGUCAGUUGAAUUUUAUUCCUGUGGACGUGGGAUCCUUAUCGUCGGCCAAGGAGAUUGAGAAUUUACCCCUGCGACUGUUCACUCUCUGGAGGGGGCCAGUGGUAGGAGCCAUAAGCUUGGCCACAUUUUUCUUCCUUUAUUCCUUUGUCAGAGAUGUGAUACAUCCAUAUGCCAGAAACCAGCAGAGUGACUUUUACAAGAUUCCUAUUGAGAUUGUGAACAAAACCUUGCCUAUAGUGGCCAUUACUCUGCUGUCCCUGGUGUACCUGGCGGGCCUCCUGGCGGCGGCGUAUCAGCUUCGUUAUGGCACCAAGUACCGCAGAUUUCCACCUUGGCUGGACACCUGGUUACAGUGCAGGAAACAGCUGGGCCUGUUGAGCUUUUUCUUUGCUGUGGUCCAUGUUGCCUACAGCCUCUGCUUACCGAUGAGGAGGUCAGAAAGAUACUUGUUUCUCAACUUGGCUUAUCAACAGGUUCAUGCAAAUAUUGAAAAUGCUUGGAAUGAGGAAGAGGUUUGGAGAAUCGAAAUGUACAUCUCCUUUGGCAUCAUGAGCCUGGGCCUACUGUCCCUCCUGGCAGUCACUUCAAUCCCUUCAGUGAGCAAUGCUCUCAACUGGAGGGAAUUCAGUUUUAUUCAGUCCACGCUCGGCUACGUUGCUCUGCUCAUCAGCACUUUCCACGUCUUAAUUUACGGAUGGAAACGCGCUUUUGCAGAGGAGUACUACCGCUUUUACACCCCACCAAACUUCGUCCUUGCGCUUGUCCUGCCCUCGAUCGUCAUUCUGGGUAAGACGAUCUUACUCCUCCCAUGCAUAAGCCGAAAGCUCAAAAGAAUUAAAAAGGGCUGGGAAAAGAGCCAGUUUCUAGAGGAAGGCCUGGGAGGAACAGUCCCGCAUCUGUCCCCAGAGAGGGUCACGGUGAUGUGACGAAAAGAGAUGCUCAUGGUGCCAUAUACACUUCUCUCAUGCCAUCGCUUCACGACUCCCUCCACGCUCCCAGUAAGUGGACUGUCAGUGUGCUGUAGUGUGAAACCUGGCAGUGAGAUUUCAGCUGAAAUAGUGAUAGGAUUUUCUUCAAGUUCAUUUUGAUAAAUGUCCUAUUUUGCCAACAUGAGAUUUUGUAGCCCACGUGUAUUGUUACAAUCUAGGAAUAUUUUCUUUUGUGCAACUGUAACAGUAUUGCUAUUUUAACUAUAUUGCAUAAUCAGGCAGAAAUAUCUGUAGUUGAUAAUAUAGAGCGUUUAGAACACUUGGCAAACCAGCAGGAUUUGAAGCUUUUAAUGUUACUCGGUGGAUAUACUUUUUCUUUGAGGCUAAAGAUUUUAAUUAUUACCCAGUUUAAGAAGCAGAAAUGCAUAAUUAUAUAUUAUUGAGGAGGGACACAAUGUAUUAGCAUCUAGGGUGCACAGAAGCAAUCUUAUACCUUCAUAAAAUGGGACUGGAAAAAUAGCAUUAAUUCUACAAAGCAGUGUGAGUGUAUGAGCACACACAAAUUACAGACGAACCUGAAAUCGUAUUUAAAAUGCACUGGAGAUAUGAAAUGAAUACUGCUAAUGCACAACUCAUGAGAGCUUUAUUUUCUUAUGUUACAGAGCAGUUUCUUUUCAUAUUCAUGUCAAUCAGGGAAAGGACUCCAUGACUAGGCCACUCAGGCUGUUAUUUUGAAUCUAGUUCUACAAUACCAACCCCAGAAAUUGUAGAACUGUCCGUAAUUGCUGUGGAAGUGUCAGGUCUGCACACGGUCCCAUGUCAGGUCGUAUUUGUUACUUUGGCCAGCCACCACUCUUCCUGAGUGGGAUUUUACUGAUGUCCACUGAGGGAAUGUGGCCUGGCUCUCAACACUUGUCCCAUUUAAUAUUUACAACAGACCCAUGAAAUAGUUAUCUUCAUUUUACAUGUGGGGAAACUGGAGGAUAGAAAAGCUAAAUUUGCCUAAGGUCACACCGUGAAGAGGUAGCAGGGUGAGCAGUCAUGGCCAGGUAGUCAUCCUUCAGAAGCCGUCGUUUUUAUGAAACAUCAGGAUAUAUCACCCCUGCCCCGUCUCCAGGCACUACAUUCAUGAUGUCAGUCUGGAUGUUUUCUCUCUUGUAUAGCCAUUGACAGUCUUUAGAGUACAUUUUGUGCAUCAAAGGAUGUAUAGAAGUAUCUUAAUCAUAAUUUUAUUAUUCCUGGAACCCACAAUAGCACAGUGCCUCCCUGUGCAGUGAAGGACUGAGCAGGGAGAGAGUCAGAGCAGUACAGACGAACUGUUGAGAUCCUGCAGCUCUUCAGAAAUUCCCACCAGCUGGCCAUGUCCUCCGCACUUCCUGGGAAACCCUCCUGCCUUCACUACCAUUCAUUAGGAAGUUGUUUAUAAGCACGGAGGAUAAUAGGACAAGUGACUAGUUAUAAAUCUACUCCAGAGACAUAUAAUCAUGUAGAUUAUUCAUACAAUUUCUCAGUGCUUGUAUUCCACGUGUAAAUUGUAUUUUGUUCAAACUUUGGGAUAUAUGUGUUUUCUCCAUUUGUUCCUUAUUAUAGUACAAAAUUAUAGAUAAGAUGUAAUUAUAUGUGUUCUUCAGAAAACUGUAUCAUUUUUAAAGUUACCUACUGACUCGAAUCCAACCAUCAAAAAUAAAAUGACUCUUAUUUUUGUGGAA